GGUAACCUCCAACAUGGCGGCUAGAGGCAAUGUGCAAGACCCUAACGACCGGAGACUUAGACCCAUUUACGACUACCUGGACAAUGGCAACAACAAGAUGGCGAUCCAACAGGCUGACAAACUGCUGAAGAAACACAAGGACCUGCACUGUGCCAAGGUGUUGAAAGCCAUCGGUCUGCAGCGAACAGGAAAGCAGGAUGAAGCAUUUAGCCUGGCCCAGGAGGUGGCGACACUCGAACCCACCGACGAUAACUCAUUACAGGCUCUCACUAUACUUUACAGAGAGAUGCACCGCCCUGAGUUGGUGACUAGGCUGUAUGAAGCUGCGGUGAAGAAGGUUCCCCUCAGCGAGGAGUAUCACUCUCACCUGUUCAUGGCCUACGCCCGUGUUGGCGAGUACAAGAAGAUGCAGCAGGCGGGGAUGGCCUUGUAUAAGACCGUUCCUAAGAACCCCUACUACUUCUGGUCUGUCAUGAGUCUGGUCAUGCAGGCCAUCUCUGCGCAGGAUGAGAAGUUGGCCCAGACCAUGUUCCUGCCCCUGGCUGAACGCAUGGUGGAGAAGAUGGUGAAGGAGGAGAAGAUCGAGGCUGAGGCUGAGGUUCAACUGUACUUUAUGAUCCUGGAGCGGCUGGGGAAGUAUGUGGAGGCUCUGGACAUGGUCCGCGGUCCACUGGGAGAGAAGUUGACCAGUGAGUUGCAGAGCAGGGAGAAUAAGUGUAUGAUGAUGUACCAACGACUGCAGCUCUGGCCUGAAUGCAACGCUCUGUCCUACAAGCUACUGCUCAAAAAUCCUGAUGAUUGGCAGUUCUACCUCUCCUACUUUGACUCUCUUUUCCAUCUCAUGGACAAGUCCUGGAGCCCACCUAAUGAGGAAGAGCACUGUGUGGAGGGUCCAGUGCAGACCACUGUGGCGGAGGCAGUGAAGUUUGUGGUGGACAGGAUGGAGGAGGAGGACAAGAAGGAUUCUCGUCCUCUCAGAGGUCCCUACAUGGCCUGCCUGGAACUCAUACACAGACUGAGACAGAGGGGCUGUCCUGAUGAGGAAGAGCUUGGAGAUCCGAUGGAGUUGAUGCUUCAGUUCUUUGGGAAGUUUGGAGACAAACCCUGCUGUAUUACAGACCUGAAGAUGUAUUUACACCUACUUCCCCCUGAGCAACACACACAGUUUAAAAACCGUCUGGGGGAGUUGGUUCCGUUGGGGGAGGUGGGUGAGGAUGGCUUUAGGUUUCCGGGGGAUACGAAGGCGAUGCAGAGACACCUGUGUGUGUGUCAGCUGAGCCGGGUACUGGGACUGCAACACACUCUGGACACAGAGGGCAAACUAUGCCUCAUCACAGAACUCAAAGCCCACUACCACUAUGGACUACAGUUUGGGAAGUCGUGUCUGAAGACAGAGCUCCAGUUCUCUGAUACGUACUGUCUCAUGGUCGCUCACGUCUACAUCGAUCUCUGGACAGAAACUGGCGACGAGAACAUGCUGUGGCAGUGUCUAGGAGUAUUAGAGGAGGGUUUGUCCUACAGUCCCUCCAACGCUCAGUUCAAACUACUGCUGCUGCUUCUUUUCUGUCGCCUCGGAGCCUUCCAGCCCGUAGUGGACCUCUACUCCAGUCUGGAUGCCAAGCACGUACAGCACGACACCAUAGGGUAUCUGUUAACUCGUUAUGCAGGGUCGUUGGGGCAGUUUGCUGCAGCCUCCCAGUCUUAUAACUUCUCCCUCAGGUUUUUCCACUCCAACCAGAAAGAUACCUCAGAGUACAUAAUCCAGGCCUAUAAGUAUGGAGCGUUUGAGAAGAUCCCAGAAUUCAUAGCAUUUAGAACCCGGCUCAACCAAUCUCUGCACUUCGCUCAGGUCCGCACCGAGAGAAUGUUACUGGACUUGUACACCGAGGCUGACAUCACAUCAAGUCUGGAGGAGAGUGUGAAGGCGAUGGGUCUGUGUCCUGAGGAGGAUGACAUUCCCUGGGACAACAUGAGGGACAACCGAGACCUGACGGUCCUCUUCAGCUGGGACCCCAAAGACCGGGAGCUGACUGAGGAGCAUCGUCGUCUGUUUCUAGAGGAGGAGUCGGUCUGGUUAAAGGUUCGCUCUCUCACGCUCCGCCUCCUCGCCUCAUUGGCUCUGCUCAGACACGCCCCCUCAUCACGGAACUCUGAUAAGACCAAUGAGAAUGGUGUAUCGGCCAAAAGCUCCACCCUCCAGACCCUCCUCUCCCAGCUAGACCUGACACUACAGACCGCAGCCCAGAUCACAGAGAAACAGACACAGUACCCGUUCCUGGGCCCUCCCUCCUCCCGCCUGGCCUCUGCUCUGUCUAGUGGCAGCUGUCACUGUCAGGCCUCUGCUCUGCAACUAUCACUGACUCUUCAGGAACUAGAGACCACUGGACUGGACGACUCGUCAGAACUCCAAACCCAGAUCUGUAACUCCUUCAAAUCAUUAAUAGUACAACUCCAAGAGCUGUUAUCCAGAUGUAAAGGAGAAGUGUUGGAGAUGAAAGACAGCAGAUUGAUGACCCAGCCCUCCCUGUUAGAAACACUGGUCUUCUUCGUCGAGACUGUGUGUGUGGUGCUGUGGGUGGCCAGUUACUCUGCCAGCGUCCUGCGACCGCUCAAGUCCAGCCUACAGAAGAAGAAGAAGAAGAAAAAGGACAGCAGCACAGUCAUGCCAGUGGUGCUGAGUUGCUUCCAGGAGUGGACAGGCAGCCUACAGGGCAUUAUGACCCAGGUUCUGGAUCACGUGAAGGGGCAGGAGGCCAGCCUGACAGCCCUCAAACUAGCAGCACUCACCUUGGGGGUGGGACACGCACAGACACAGGAGGAGUGUGGAUUCACCAGAGCAGCCAUGGACAAGGUUCAGACUAGUUAUCUUGGCUCGCUGCAGGAGCUGGGAGAUCUACUGAGGAAGAGAGCUGAUUCGCUGAAGAGCCUCAAGCUCUGACCAGCAAUUACAAUCACCCUUCAAUCAAUAUUGUCAUACUUAAUUAUCACUAUUAUACUGGAUCACCUCAUCUACC